CGUGCACCAUACGUUGUUUGGCAGAUAAAGAUACUUUCUGCAGAAACAUUUUCUAGCGAUGAUAGCCCCCUGGGCAACGAGCCAGGGGGGCUUUCAUGUCGGCCCUGCAAUGCAAUUGUCGCAGGGCCAACCCACAAGUAGAAGAUGCGAUCGCAUCACGUCUGCUGCUUCCCCCCAGCGCCGGCCGACUGACUUCCUUCAACAUGGAGAAUCAGGACUGCCGCACCAGUACCAGGCAAGCUUCAGGACAGCUUUGAAGCGUUGCUGUAUUGUGUUUGUCAUCAUCAAGGGGACUGGUGUGCCUUAGUGGCUGGUUUGCAUGUGUGAUGACACAGUCCUGACGUCUGUUAGAAGUGUAGUGGAUUCUCCCUCCAAACCUGAGCUCUGCGGAGUACAGUAUAGACAAGAAGUUGGAUUGCCAUAUACGCAACGAUGGUCCCAAAGGCAAAGAUUAUUGCAUUUUUGCUAUGUGUGCUGGCUGUUGGACUUCUUUAUAGGAUCACUAUUAAAGAGAACACAUUCAACCUCAAAGCAUUAUUUUUCCCUUCACGUUAUUAUCCAGAUGACCUUUUGUCUGCAGGAAAUGGCAUCAUGUUUGUAGAGACCACAGACAGGAUGGAGCCACCUCACCUAGUGCUGUGUUCAAUUGAAUCAGCAGCUCGUGCUUACCCUGAUAGACCUGUGGUUUACUUCAUGAAAGGUUUAGCAGAGAUAAACUCAGACAUAGUACGGAUGAGUUACCCAACACUUUUAUCUUAUGAUAAUAUCUACUUUUUCCCUCUCAGAAUGAAUGUAUUACUUAACAAUACUCCACUUAUGCCCUGGUAUGAAAAGGUUAAUCCUAAGACUGAAAGAUACUGGAACCAUGUGAGCUCAGAUGCAUGCAGGUUGGCCUUGAUUUAUAAAUACGGUGGCAUUUAUAUGGACACUGAUAUUAUAACAUUUCGCCCAAUUCCAGAAAAAAACUUUCUAGCUGCUGAGACAUCUCAGAUGACUGGCAGUGCUGUACUUGCAUUUGCUCCUAAACACACAAUCGUCUGGCAGUUCAUGGAAGACUUUGUCAAUGGUUAUGAUGGGACUGUAUGGGGACAGCAAGGGCCGUUACUCUACAAUCGAAUUCUUAACAGAUUAUAUUGUAAAGUACCUCCAUUUAAAGGCCAAGAAGAUAUAAUGUGUGGAACAAUCUUAUUUUUAAAUAUGGAACGAUUUUUUCCAGUGCCAGGUAUGCAAUGGGAAACGUUCUUUCAAGUUUGUGAAAAGCUUCCAACGUUCAAUAACUCAUAUGCUUUGCAUCUCUUUAAUUACGCCAAUAGUAAUCAACGCAAGGUGAUGGUUCCGGGAAGCAACACAAUGGUGGAGCAUCUUUACAAAAAGUACUGCCCUAUUACAUAUCAUGCUGUUUUGAAGGGAAAACCUACCUACCUUAAAUAUAUGCCUAUUGACAAAGAGAAAUGAUUCAUUUAUUUCUUUUAAUCCAAUGAAGCCGUUUGAUUUUUGUUCUUGUAUAAAGAUUCUGGCAAUCAGGGCAUAGAAAGCAUAAAUUGGAAACUGAUUGUUGUAAUGUCUCAGCUUACCAAAAGUUUAUGUGGCAAAACAGGUUCCUUAUGAUUUUCAGGCUAAAGUAUAUAGUUGAUCAACUAUAAUAAAAUAAUAUAAACAUCC